AUGGGGGCGACGGUGCGGCUCGGGAUGCUGGUGGUGUUGGUGAGCUGCACCGCUGAGCUGCGUUCAGCAGGUUGCGGCGAGAGGGUAGAGGUCCACAUGGAGCGCCGUGGUGUGAUCUAUAGCCCCUCCUGGCCUUUAAACUACCCCCCCGGACUCAACUGCAGCUGGACCAUCCAAGCAGGCCAUGGAGAGAUCAUUACCAUUAGUUUCCGGGUGUUUGACGUUGGUGAGCCUGGGAACUGCGAGUCGGGUGAUUGGCUGCUGAUGACGUCAUCUGGGUGGGGAGGAGGGGUGCUGGACUCACAGCGUCUGUGCGGUUCUUUGCGCCCACAGCCUUUCAUCACCAGCAGAGGGCGAGCUUUGCUCUACUUCCACUCAAAAGUCAACGCUUCUGGACAAGCUCAAGGCUUCCACAUGUCCUAUAUCAAAGGUCACUUGGGUCAAAGCAGCUGCCAGCCGGAUGAGUUUUUGUGUGGCAAUGGCAAAUGCGUGCCGCACUCUUGGAAGUGUAACGGCCAGGAUGAGUGUGGCGAUGCCACCGACGAACGGGGCUGUUCGCCGCCACCCACCGAGGCCCUUACGGGGCCCUGCCCCCGAGGGACGCUCCCAUGUGCCUCCGGUCGCUCCACUCGCUGCCUGCCUGCUGCCCUGCGCUGCGACCGUUCCCAUGAUUGCCCGGACGGCAGCGAUGAGCUGGGUUGCCCUGACACUGCGUGUGGGAAACAUCUAGGUCACUUCUACGGCUCCUUUGCGUCGCCCGAUUUCUUCCGGCCUGCUGCAGGGGCGGCGGGUGAGCUGCGGUGCUCGUGGGUCAUGGACACGCGGGAUCCUAAACCAAUCCUGCUGCGGCUGGACCUGCGACUGGGGCCCGGGGACGCGCUGCAUGUGUAUGAUGGCGCCCUGCACCGGGCCGAAAAUCUCCUGCAGGUGCUGUCCUACCAUAACAACCGUCGGCCAACAUUGUUAGAGUCCAGCCGGGGGCAGAUGAGCGUACUCUACACGGCCAAACCGCGAAGUCCUGGACAUGGGUUCAAUGCCACCUACCAGGUCAAAGGCUACUGCUUCCCCGGCGAGCGUCCCUGCGGUAGCGAGCAGGGUUGCUACUCGGAACGUCAGCGUUGUGACGGCUACUGGCACUGCCCCUCUGGCCGAGAUGAAUCGUCCUGCCCGGCGUGUCCUGAGGGCGAGUUUCCGUGCGGCGGUGAUGCCGCGGGGGCCUGCUAUUCAGCAUCAGAGCGUUGCAACAACCAGAAGAGGUGCCCUGACGGUUCAGACGAGAGCAACUGCUUUGACUGCCAGCCAGGCAACUUCCACUGCGGUGACAACCUGUGCAUUUUUGAGACUUGGCGCUGCGACGGCCAGGAGGACUGUCCGGACGGCAGCGACGAACGUGAUUGCCCUACGGCAGUGCCGCGUAAAGUGAUCACGGCCGCCCUGAUAGGCAGCCUGGUGUGCGGGCUCUUGCUGGUGGUGGCACUCGGCUGUGCUCUCAAGCUGCACACUAUCCGCGGUCGUGAGUUCAGAGCCUUUGAGACGCAACUGUCGCGCAUGGAGGCGGAGUUUGUACAGAGAGAAGCGCCACCUUCUUACGGACAGCUCAUAGCGCAGGGACUCAUUCCGCCUGUGGAGGACUUCCCUGCUUACAAUCCCGCACAGGCCUCCAUGUUGCAGAACCUACGCUUGGCCAUGAGCCGCCAACUCAGACGUCACACGAGUCGCCGAUCUUCCGCUUCCUCCUCGUCUUCGCGGCGCCGCUUCGGGCACUUGUGGCGUCGCCUGUUCCGCCGAGAAGGCCGCCCAAGAGGCCAUAUCCCACUUCUGGAUCCACCGGCUGGGACGCACGUCAGUCUGGGCCUUCAGAGCUACCAAACCGCGGGAGGCGGUGUAGACGCUGAACGUGUUCAGGGACAUCCGGAGGGCGCCGAUCCACCGGAAUGUGCAUCGGAGGGUUCUGCCUCUCCUCUUUCCUACCAAUCAGGCGAAAGCUUAGCGGGGUCGGCGCUCUCUCUGGAGGCACCCGGUCCAAGUGACACUUCAUUGGGGCCGACCCCUUUUACUGGGCCCCACCCUCGGCCCACGAGAAAACUGGUUCUGGAUCUUGCGCUAAACCUAAAAGGGGUCUCGCUUAGGCGAUACUCCCCACUCGGACCUCUCUCUCAGGCCAAUCCCCUAGGAGCCGGCGCCCUACCCCACCCCUUGGACAGCACGCCCCCAUCAUCGAUGUCGUCGUCUUCAGAAAGCGAUGGCGGCGGUCGGACGCCGGAGAUAAGAUGCCGGGAGAAGGGGUGGCGACGAAAGAGAGGGGAGGGCGGCGACGCUUUGGGUCGUCAAACGACGCCUUGCUGA